UUUGUGUUUAUGUUUUGGUUAAAGUUUUGAAGGACGCCGGAAAUUUCUCUUAAGCUUUCUUUUGAUUAGAAAUUGUUGAAGUUUAGCGUGAAAACGAUGAAGAAAAGGUCACAAAGAUCUGCGAAAAAAUCCGCUGCUAUCAAGGUUGAGGAAGUUUUCGUAAAACAAGAACCAGACGAAGAUUUCGAGAAUUCCGCCGAACUCGAACCCAAAGCCGAAACCAGCCUAAAGGCACCGAUCAAAAAAUAUAUCAGAAGCCGUGGCACUCAAGUUUCUUUCGAUGAAAUUGUCACGGAAUUUGAUUUGCCGAGUGUCGUUACUAAGAGCGCACCGAUCGUCACCUCCGAUUUGAUUGUUCCACAGUGUCGAUUUUGUUUGCACAGAAUGUCGAUGGACAAAAUGAGCAAAAUUUUCAACAAAGUAAAAUCCAAAGCCAACACUGCCUUUCGGUUCAAAGUCUACGUGAACGAUUCCUAUCCGUACGCGUGUCUCAACUGUUUGAAUUUGAUGGACAUUAUGCUCACCUUCAAGGAAUCUGUAAUGAAAGCGAAUCACAUGCUUCAAACGGAACGGACCUUUCUUGAGGCUGACGGUUGGGAUGAACCAGGCGUGAUGACAUUGGUGGCUGAUUGUAGAGCUGUCGUGGAACAGUUCCGUGAGCGAAUUGAUUCCAUUUAUAUUCCGAGGUUCGGAAAGGACGAUUUGGUUGUACAGGGUCCUGUUAAAAGUGAAAGUGCUGCUCCGAUAGAGGGAACAUCAAAUUACGAGGAAACUAUUGAAGAGCCGAAUGAGUUGGUGGAAACGAUGGAAACGGAUGUCUACAUUGAACACUUGCUGCAAGAUUCAAAUCCUGACGCUGCGGUCGUGGACGCUAAGAACGAACCAGAACCGAAUCUUGAAGAAGAAUUCAACGAUGGUGACGAAUUCGACGAUUUCGACGAUGAAUCAGAAGACAACGACUUUAAGCCGAGUAAAAUUGAUAUACGCGAAUCUAACAGUGACGAAGAUGAAAAUAACAGCAGUUCCGAUGGUGAGAAGAAAACCGCUGCUAAAAAAACUAAAACAAAAAGGAAAAAAUCGACUAAUCAGACACCAAAAGAGCCGAAAAAAUACGACCAGAAAGUGUUGUGCGAUUUAUGCGGCGAGAGGAUAUAUUCCACAACUGCCGAAAGCCACCGGAACAAACAUCUGGGAAUUCGGCCGUACACAUGUCCCAAGUGCCCGCUGACCUUCCAAAGUUCGUACAACUUGUCGUUCCACGUCAAGCGACUCCAUCCGGAGAAUGGUGAACGUAGCCAUGAGUGCGAUAUUUGCGGUUCCAUUAUUCAAGGGCCACUUUCGGCGUUGAAAUACCACAAAAGCGACACAAUCAAGAGAAAAACACGUUUGCACAAUAUGCGGUAAGGGAUUUACAAUGAUAAGUUAUUUGCGGCAGCACGUGCAGGCUCACGGCGAUUUUCCCCACAAAUGCCAGUACUGUGGAAAGAGAUUCAAUCUCAAAGCAAGUAUGAGAACACACGAGAAGAAUAUCCAUGAGAAAAAAAUGGUUCUAAAUCAGCCACAAGCUUGAUAAAAAGUUGAAUAGCACGUUGCGGGUAAAAUAGUUAAAAAAAAAAAAUCAUUUCAAACAGUGAACUAAAAUAAAUUUUCUAGAAAAAUAA